UGCUUUGGAAAUUUAUCGCCUUCUGUCUGCUUUUCCGAGUCAUCAUAUGGUAAGCUCGGAGAAUGUUUGGAAUUUCAAGUGGAAAGCAACGAAGCCGGGUUCUAUGUUGGUUUGUGCAUGCGUAUGAAAGUUGUAGGCCAUGUCUGGUAAGAGUUAUCCAUUGUUGGUUUAUGUUAGUUUAUUUAUUUUAUAUGUACUGUGUAUAUAUAUAUUUUGCCAGAUAGGUAAAUUUAUCAUAUUUUGGCCGAGAUAAGUUAAAAUGGGUUUGGCAACUUAAACCCUAACCAUAUUCCACUUUUUGCUUUUGCCAGGAAAUGGCAUGGCCUUGUGGAACCUAAGAACACUUCCAGUCUUGAUCUCCGAACCGAGAGUUUUCAGUCUCGUUAAACGCCAAAAAACCCACGUUUGAAAAUAUCAAAACAAACAGAUUAAAAAAGGCAACAAGAGCAUAUCGGCUGUGACAACAACCAGUUGUCUGUAUAUAAGUGAGCCGUGUGGGGCAACAAGUCAUUAGCUUUGGAUCCAUUCGAAACACUUUUCGGUGGUCUGGUAAACUGACAUUCAACUUUGAUAUUUUCAUUUUAAUUGCGUAAAGAACUUUUAAUUUAAAAAAAUGGUUAAAACAAUUCCGUUCUUCCUCAUUCUCAUUUCCGUUGUACUUCUUACUUAUGCAGAUACCAUCGAUGAAAAUGUUGCCCCACUCUUGUGUGGAGCGAAGGUAUUUGUUGAAGAUUCGAUGGUAAUUGACAUCCCAUCUCUGCGUGACGACGAAUGUGUAUGGGUCAUACAGACGCAAAAGGAUCGCAUAUUGGUCUUCACCUUGAUCAGCGAAAGUUUCGAAGAUGUUCAAGAUUACCUGACAAUACAUGACGGAUUUCGGAAGGAUUCUCCUAUCCUUCAAAUAGAAAACCAAAAGGAGUACGAGGCAUCCAAUAAAGACUUGCAUCCUGCUAUCUACACUACAUCUUCGGUGGCUACAUUGCGUUCUAGGGGCACUAGAGCAUCUGUUUUGCAGCUAAAAAUUCAAAAGGCGGUAGAAUGUCCUUUUAAUCUGGGAGCAAACACUGCAUGUGGUCGAGUUGUUGACGAAACUUCGUGCUACUGCGCGAAUUUUGCACUGAGAAACCGGGCUGACCAAAUGAUUUUCUGUUAUAAUAAUUACAUGAAACUUGUCUCGCUGGAAUCUUACGACGAAGAACAAAAAAUUGUCUCCGCUUGGAACGUGAACAGCUGGUCGUCUCUUACUGAUCAACAAGGCGAGGGAAACUGGAUAUGGGAAACUACUGGAGCACCCAUGAUCCCAGGUUAUGUGAAUUGGAACUCCGGAGAACCAAGCGGUGCAGGACUUUUCGGUGAAGAAGACUGUAUGGCUUUCCCGGAAUUUGAAGGAGGAUGGAACGAUGUAGACUGCUACGUUGAGAAAGCUGGCAUAUGCGAACUUCAUCCUUAAACUAAUUUAGCAGUAAAAAUCAGAAGAUUAUUAAUUUUGGCGAGCUAUUUGUUUAGUUGUAUCAAGAAAAAUAUCUCUGUUUGUAGAGCCUGAACACAAACGAUAUUUAAGAAUUGUCUGUUCGAGUUUCCAGGACAACUUGAUUGUCGAUUAAUUCACAUUAAUGGUGUGCAAUCGGAUAAAAGGGAAAUGAAAUUUUAAAAAUUC